AAAGCACGCCAGCUGUAUCAUGACCCACCUGCGAGACACGAUCUUGGUCGCAUGGACGUCGCAUGCCGGUUCUGCGGGGCUCUUCACUGGAUAGCGGAGCGCUUAACAGCAAGUUCGGCACGCAAUCCAACGUUUGGAAGCUGCUGUAACUCGGGAAAGGUUCAUGUCCCCUCCGCUCCGGAUCCUCCGCACGCCCUGAAGCAGCUGUUUGUUCAGAACACUGCUCAAGCUCGCGAGUUCCGCGAGCACAUCCGCCAGUACAACUCUGCCUUUGCUUUCACCUCACUUGGCGUGCAGAUCGACGAUACUGUCAACCAUGGGAAUGGACCAUACGUCUUCCGCAUCCACGGAGAGCUCUGUCAUCGAUCUGGCUCUCUCGAUCCUCCCCCUGGGCAGCCUCGCUCAUAUGCCCAAUUAUUUGUCCACGACCCACAUGAUGCGUUGGCUGAGCGGGUUCGCCGCAACGGAUCAUGCCGGGAGGAGACCAUGGCGCUCAUCCAGGACGUGCUCAACCGCUCCCAUCGUUACGUCGGGAUUUACAAG